AUGAUGGAGUCGUGUUUAGCCUGGAGGCCGGAGAGGGGGUACCAGGAGGAGGUGGAGGACAUCAAGAGGAACCUGCUGGGUGAAUUUACUGCUCUGCAAGCUCAGGACAGUGUCCUAACGCACACUGAGAACCUGCAGGUGUACCUGAGAGUCCGGCCGUUCACUCUACAUGAAACCAAAGAGUCACAGGACUGUGUGUCCAUCGAAGGCCACGACUCCGUGGUCCUCAGACCUUCCAGCAGCUGUCAGUCAAGCCGGCAGGGAGAGAAGCCCCUCCCACAAACAGUGCAGAGGUUCUCCUUCACUCAGGUGUUCGGCCCGGAGGCCAGUCAGAGGAAGGUGUUCCAGGGUUCUGUUCGGGGUUUGGUCCGAGACGUUCUGCAGGGAGGAAACUCUCUGGUGUUCACCUAUGGGGUCACCAACGCUGGGAAAACCUUCACCUUCCUGGGUCCGGACCAUGACUCGGGGCUGCUGCCCAGGUCUCUGUCGGUCAUCUUUAACAGCAUCGAGGACCGUCUGUACGGCCUCGCUGAUCUGAAGCCCCAGCGGUGCAGGGACUUUAGCAAACUGACCCUGGAUCAGCAGGCGGCUGAGAUCAGCAGCAAGAAGAACCUGCUGAGGCUGCUCAAAGAGAGCGACAAGACGCUGACUGCUGGAAGGUCUGCUUUCCUCGAAGGCUCGUCUCUCAGCAGUGUGGACAGUGUGGACAGUGUGGACAGUGCUCCUGAGGACGACAGUUUCUGUCUGGAUGUUUCCUCCAACAUCCGUUUCUCUGUUUGGGUCUCGUUCUGUGAGAUUUACAACGAGAACAUCUACGACCUGCUGGAACAGGUUCCCAGUGGACAACACAAGAGGACAACGCUGCGUCUGUCUCAGGAUGUCAAAGGAAACUCCUUCAUCAAAGACCUGCGCUGGGUCCAGGUGAACAGCUCCGAGGAAGCCUUCAGAGUGAUGAAGAUCGGAAAGAAGAACCAGAGCUGCUUCUCUACCCGUCUGAACCAGCUGUCCAGCAGGAGCCACAGUAUCUUUUCCAUCAGGAUCCUCCGCAUCAACGAUGUUGGGGUUCCCAAAGUCCUCGGCAUCAGCGAGCUGGCUCUGUGCGACCUGGCCGGCUCGGAGCGCUGCUCUCGAACUCGCAACACCGGAGUCCGGCUGAAGGAGGCGGGAAACAUUAACAGCUCCCUGCUGACGCUCGGGAAGUGUAUCAACGCCAUGAGGCUUAACCAGAACGCCAAGUUCCAGCACCACAUCCCCUUCAGGGAGUCCAAACUCACCCACUUCCUGCAGUUCUUCUUCUGUGGUGCUGGCCGCGUGUCCAUGGUGGUCAACAUAAACCAGAACCCGUCCUGCUUCGACGAGACGCUCAACGUCCUCAAGUUCUCCGCUCUGGCUCAGAAGGUGGUGGUGAUGAACUCACUGCCCACAGUUCUGGACAAGGGCCCCCACAAGUCCACCAUGGAUCUGUCAAUCAUAGUGGAUGAGGCAGAGCAGCACAGAAACACCUUGAGGCAGGGCAGGAAGAGCUCCCUUGUUGCCUGGGAGACGAGCCUGGAGGACGUUCAGGAGGACGAGGAGGAGGAGGAGGAGAGUGUGAUGGAGGGAACUGUACUGGAGGCUGAAGGUGAGGACAAGGAAGAUCAGACCAUGGAGGAGGAAGCCACGGUGAACGGGUGGCGUUCGUCUCAGUCGGGUGGAGAGGCGGCGCUCCGUUUGGUUCUGGAGGCUCAGAUCAGAGAAGAAGUCAGUGCUGAGUUCAUGAAGCUCUUCAACAAGAUGGAACAAGACUACAGCUCCUUGGUAACCACCAUGGCGUGGAGACACAGCCGCACCGUCGACAGCCCUCUGCCAGAAGCUCGCUCCUCCAGCACCCACGUCUUCACCUUUUCCUCGAGAGCUGGUCACCUUGCCUUACUCCCGGGGUUCGCCCUGUUCGACCAGGGCCCUCUAUUGAAAAUGGGAUCGACCACCACACUGCUUCACCAGCUCCUGGGUAUAAUCAGGAGGUCGGCAAGAGCCUGCAACCUGGAAGUGCCCAAACCGGCGACCCCGGCCACGUCGACCCUUUUGGCGGUAAGCCAACGAUCCCUUAAAGUUGAGGGCUCGGUCGCCUCCUACGCGGCCAUCGCCAAAGUCAAAGGGCUCACGGACCAGGGCUUUCCCACCGUCCCACCCCGCCAUCCCGGCGUAUCACCCCACCAUCCUCCGGUGGGAUCAGCAACCAACAACAUCGCUAUGUUAGCCCUUAGCAUAGCUAAGGAGGCGAAGGAACCAAACCCGUUCUCCGCAGAUCUGGACCAGAUCGGCACGGCUGCAGACACGAUCACCAACCUGUAUCUGAACCAGUGGGAUAAUUCCCUGAACCUGUCAGAGGGAGUACUCCUAGGCAAAGUGACGUCGUUAAUGUCGGUGUUCACAGACGCGCCCCUCUCCGGCUGGGGAGGGACCUGCCUGUCACAAACGAUAGGAGUGCUUCUGGAGGAGGAGACCUGGAAGCUGCAGGAGGAAAUUAACAAGAAGGAGGAGCUCAUCAACGAGCUGAGGGAGAGGGAGGUUGUGAGGAGAGGCCUGCAGGACGAGCUGAGGGGACGAGAGGAGGAGCUGAGGGGACGAGAGGAGGAGCUGAGAGGUCGAGAGGAGGAGCUGAGAGGACGAGAGGAGGAGCUGAGAGGACGAGAGGAGGAGCUGAGGAGACGAGAGGAGGAGCUGAGGGGACGAGAGGAGGAGCUGAAGAGGCUGGAGGAUGAGGUGGAGCAACUAAAGAAAGAGAACGUGUUGUUGGAGAAGAACAUUCAAACUCUGACAGCUCCUCCUCCUGCUGUAGAUCUGGACAAUUGUCUGACCUGCGCCUCAGUCCUUUCGUCUCUUGAGGUGGAGCAGAAAGAGACAUCGCGACUGCAGAAGGAGAACAAAGCUUUGGUGAACGGGAUCUUCCAGCUGCAGAAGGAGGUGCUCGAUCUGCAGGCGAAGCUCAAUCAACAGACAGAUAGGCAUAACAGCCUAUCAGAGCAGCUCAGCUCGUCUAAGGCCCGCCUCCUGAACCUGGAGAACCAAUUGGAGGAGAAGAGUUUCUCCAUGAGGAGUCUAACAGAGGAAGUGGCUGUAAUCGCAGACCCAGUGGAAGCUCAAGCACCAGACAUGGGGCUUUCCGCCCUACUGGCCAAGAGAGCAAUAGAGGCAGUGGAUCCUCUGCUGCAACCCAGAGGCUACUAUUCAACAUACUUCCACGUCCCGAAGAAGACAGAGAUGCAGCAUCUGAAGGAGAAGCAGCUGAUGAGCGAGGAGAAGGAGAACCGUGUGGUGAAGGAGAGGAGGGGGAGGAGGCUGCGAGGGAAAGAGGAGGAGAGAUGCAUGAAGGGAGAUGUACAGGUGAAUGACCUCUCUGCAUCUCCUCUGAUGUCCAGGAGAGUCCCCAAAGUUCUGAGCAGGAAGAGAAGGAGCAGCGAGCUGGAGGUCUGGUUGAGUGCUGGAGCGGGUGCUGAUGGACUUCCUGUCUGUGCCUCUUCUUCUGUGGUGUAGGAUCAGGAAGACGGAGCUCUGCAAACGAUUGAAGAACUGGUCUGUAACGUUCCCUCAGGCCUGAGUAGUCAAGCUGAAACCGGCCCCCUUCGCUGCACGAAGGAGGAGGCCGUCACCGCGGUAACCAAACCCCGAAGAGGAAAGAAGAAGCUGGUCAGCGUCUCGUCCCUGCUCCUGGACUCUCCGCACACAACGUCUGAAGGAGUGGAGGAGGACAAGGAGAGCGAUCACUUGAUCAUCAAGAGGCAGCUGCGCUCCAAAACCUGCAGGAAGUGA